AUGGGAAAAGCAGAAUUAGGAACUGCCAAAUAUUAUUCUAAACAACUCAAGGCCUCAGGAUUACAGAAAUUAAAAUUUUAUUGCCAAUUAUGUGCUAAACAGUGUAGGGAUGCAAAUGGGUUCAAAAACCAUUUGAGUUCAAUGAGCCAUCAAAGAAAAAUUGAAAGUUUAAAUGAAAGUGGAAAGGGAUACCACGUAGUUGAGGAGUUUUCUGAAGAGUUUAGAAAAGAAUUUCUUAGGCUAUUGAAGAUAAAUCAUGGAACAAAGAAGAUAAACGCAAACAAGUUUUAUCAAGAAUACAUAUUAACAGAUAGAAAUCAUAUUCACAUGAAUUCGACUCGAUGGUCAAGUCUAACAUCUUUUAUCAGAUACUUGGGAAGCAAGGGUUAUAUCAGAGUAGAAAACUUGAAGCCAAAUUCAGAUUCAGAUUCGGAAUUUAAUUUAGAGAUUCUGUUGGUUGACUCUUCAUCAGAAAACAAGUUGAAGAAAAAAAAGCUAGAAAAACGGAAUCAAACUUUCAAGUCAGACGAAGAGGUAUCAAAGAGAUUUAUUGAUAAACAAAUGAAGUUAGGUAAAGAGCUAGCAAAGGAUAAAGAGCCUCAAGGAAUCCCUGAGCCUAUCGCUUCACAGGAGCCUGUAAAACUUACUAUUCUACAAAAGCAGAAUAAGAAACUUAAAAUAAAAAAUGCAUUCAACUAUGACGAUGAGAAUGAAGAUUAG